AAGCCUCCUUUUUCCUCCACAAACCCAAAACUCCACGAAAGUCGCCUCCUUUUCGAUCUCCAAUGGACGCCAUUGAGGCCGCCAAGAAACCUUUUCUUCUCACCCGUUCCCUCAGCUACCACCACACCUUCCACCGCCGCGCCCGAGACUCCUCUAUUCCGUUCUGGAAAACCCUCGCCGACGACAACCCCAACGUUUCCAACUCCAAUCUUGGCGUCGUCAUCUACACCACCUCUCUGCGCAGCAUCCGCCGCACGCACGCUGACUGCUGCGCCGUCCGCGCCAUCUUCCGUGGCCUCCGCGUCGCCGUGGACGAGCGCGACGUCUCCAUUCACGCGGCGUUCCGCCACGAGCUGCAGACGAUGGUUGGAUCCAAGAGCCGGCCGGUGGGUUUGCCUCAAGUAUUUGUGCGUGGGAAACACAUCGGCGGGGCUGAAGAGGUGAGGCAGCUUCACGAGGCUGGUGAGAUGGGGAGGUUGGUUGAAGGGGUUCUAGGUCAGGACCCUGCGUUUGUGUGCGGCGGAUGCGGCGGCGUUAGGUUUGUUCCGUGUGGAAAUUGCAGAGGGAGUAGAAAGGUGUUUGUGGAGGAAGAAGGGAGGAUGCGGCGCUGUGAGGAUUGCAACGAGAAUGGAUUGGUACGGUGCGCUAGCUGCUUUAGCUUUUCUUUCAAUUGAAAAAAAACGGAUUUUUUUGGGGCUAAGAUAUGAAAUUGUUUGCGAUUUGAUUGUGGCUUGUUUCAUUCUUUUUUUUUCUUUUUUUUUUUCUAAUUUGAGGUAUAGUUUUAUGUUAUUGACUAUAAUCUGUAGAUGUGAGGUGAGGCUGGAUUUUACUCUUAUUGAAUUGGGUGUUGAUGUAGAGUUUGUGUAUAAAUUGUAGAAGUAUGACUAGAUCCUGAGUCAUGGCUUUGUAAUUUGUAUGUUUGUGGCUUUUCUGGCUCUAAAUGUGUUGAAAGUUCUCUUAAA